AUGGUUGAGAGAUCAUCUUGUUCUUCUGUUCUUUUGUCUUUUUUUAGGAAGGGGAAGUUCCUUCACCACUAUGAGAACUACGGAGCCACAGCCAAGGAUAUUGCCGACUGGAUGAAGCACCCUCAGCCCCCACAGCCGAAGACCCCCGAGGUGCCGUGGUCGGAGACAGACUCGCCGGUCUUCCACCUGACCGAUGAGUCCUUUGACAGCUUCCUGGAGGAACAUCCUGCAGCCCUGAUCAUGUUCUACGCCCCCUGGUGUGGCCACUGCAAGAAAAUGAAGCCAGAGUAUGAUGAAGCUGCUGAACUACUCAACAAGGGCGCAGAUAGUCCCGGCGUGUUGGCAGCAGUGGAUGCCACAGUGCACAAAGCUGUGGGGGAUCGCUUCAAGAUCUCCGGUUUCCCAACUGUUAAGUAUUUUGAGAAAGGCGAGGAGAAGUACACGCUGCCACAGCUCCGAAGCAAAGACAAGAUCAUCGAGUUCAUGCACAAUCCCCAGGCGCCUCCUCCACCAGAGCAGUCUUGGGAGGACAAGCCCUCGAGUGUGAGCCAUCUUGGAUCAGAGGACUUCCGAGAGGCUCUGAAGAAGAAAAAACACGCUCUGGUGAUGUUCUACGCUCCCUGGUGUCCACACUGUAAAAACGCUGUCCCCCACUUCACCACAGCAGCAGAGCUCUUCAAAGAGGACCGCAAGAUUGUGUAUGCUGCUGUAGACUGCACAAAAGGACAGAACCAUGAGCUUUGUAAGCAGGAGGGGGUGGAGGGAUACCCGACGUUCAACUACUACAACUACGGCAAGUUUGUGGAAAAAUAUAACGGAGAUCGAGGGGAGGCUGGCUUCACGGGUUUCAUGCGCAGCCUGAGAGGACGUGACCAGGGGAAGGGUGUCAAGAGGAAGGAGGAGCUCUGAGGGCAGCUUGCAGGGGUUGGUGGUGGGGAGGGGGGGCAAUGCACUGUGACCCUUGAGCCUUGCAAGGGCCCUAUCAGCACUGACGUGGGAGACUCGAUGACCUCAGCGAAAGGCUAUUUUUUUAUACCGUGUUGAUCCCGUUUCUAAUAAUACCAACAGAGUACUUACAGUCAGACCAACCACUUGAGAUCUUUUUGUUUUCAUGGAUAUUCUGAUGGGCAGAAAAUACACAGACAAAAAAAAAAAAGGUGAUUAUUAUUAUUUUUGUUUUCUUUUUGCCCAAUCACUGUGACUGAAUAUGUGAAAAGCUACACCCUAUACUGUAUCUAUGCAAUACUGACCCCUGCUUAGCCCUGUGCGUGGGCAGGGGUCUGUGUGACUGACUAACAACCACGGUGGUGGCUGGUGGUGGUUGGUUCAAGGUGGAGGCUGCACUGUCCAUCACUCCACGAGGGUCCUCAUCCAGUCCCAUCAGCUCCGCUCUGUCUCCAGAGGACACCCAUGCUGAAUAUUCACCUGUGGUUCCAAUUUUUUUUUUUGUACAGAAACCUUUACGUCUCUAAAACCAUCCAGAAUAUUGCUUUGUUAUUCUCACAAAUCAUUUGGAAAAUAAUUGCAUUUGUCACCAACAUCUUCAAGAAAAUAAACACUUGUACAGUAAAAUGUGAAGUGCUACAGUAGGUAAUAAGGUACUGUAGUCGUGUGAAAUUGGUUUUGCUUGUAGAAAGGACUUGGAAAAAAUGUUUAGUUUCCUCAGAACUGUGGCCUUAAAGAUAUAAAAAUAUACAAUACCUGGAAUUGCGGAAAUAUAAUAAAUGGAGGGGGAGUCAGAGGCCUGGUGCCCUUGGAAAGUCCCUCGUGACGCAAACCAGACCACGUCAAAAGAAAAAGAACAAAACAUGAAAUGCCAAAUAUUACUGCAAAUCGCCCUUUGUAUGUUCAUGCUUUGUACAUUUCCAAGUGUGACUAACGUUUCCAGCGGUAGUGAUGUUUUACCUGUUGUUUCCUCCUCUGUUGCUCGUUCAGACUGGGAUCGUAUUAAUGUUUUAACAAGGGUAGGGCUCAUUUCCAUAAGCAUGGGAGAUGCUCAAGCGUGACGGCUAAAUAUUGCAUGUCGAUCAUAAAAUGUCCAAAACAUGAAUCUUACCUCCCAUCUACUGAAGCAAUCACGGAUUCUGCUGAACAUCCCACAGUCCCCCUCUGCAUGCACAUACUGCUGGAAUAAUUUAGACCUCUGGUUUACCCUUUGCAAUUCAGGUUUCUUUUUUUUUUUUAUUAUUAUUAUUAUUCUUAUUUUAAGGUUGCCCAAUCUGUUUUGCAUUUCCGCCACUUUCUGCUGAACCGAACAACACCAAGGAGUCGAAAUAACAGCACUCUGGACAUUUUCGCCUCAGUCUGUGUCUACCUGCCUUGCCUUGGCCUGGAAUUACUCUGCUUCGAUUAGCCCGGACAGUGCUCUCCCAUGCCUUCCAUCAUAUUUCCAAAACGGAUGACUUCACACUACAUCCAAGGAGUAAUUAAGUAUGAGGUGAAGUCUCCAGGUCCUCUUCCAUUUCUCGCAGCAUAACACCAUCAGUUUGGGGCCGUCAUCAUCAUUACCUUUUGUGACAACUUUUUUUUUUUAAUUUUGUGUUUUCAACUCCCAUGCUUCGGCCUCUAUGAAUAUUUAAAGGCUUAUCUGUAGCUGAACUUGUGUUUUAUUAUUCAACACUUUGGUUUCUUUCAUUAUGAAUAAGGUUCUCAGGGAUAGCGAAACACAGUUAAAGGGAACUCGUUUGUUUGUAAUUUUGCAUUCCAGCGGAAUAAUUUUGAAUCCUUAGGUCACCAAAUUAAAUAUUGUUUACAUUUAUAUCCCAAGGUAUAAAAAAAAAACAACAACUAUUGAAUUGUCCUUUCUCUGUGCUACAUCAUGACAUGUAUUGAUUAAUGUUGUCAGUAGACAUUACUGAACCAUCUCAAAUUGACAUUGUGAUUCUUGAUGAACUCAUUCCAAGUGAAGCUGUCUCAAAUGUUCUGGCUGGCACCAAACACAUUUUUUGUGUGUGUUCAGUGUGGUUGUUAUCACUUCAUGAUAUGCAAGAGCAUUUUGAAAGAGUGCUUUCUAUAUUAGGUGUUGGGUGACAUAUCGCUGUAAUUAAGUGUUCACUCUCCUCUCAAGGUGCAACAAUUACCUUUGAUUACUCUGUUUUUGUUUCGAAGCAUCCGCACUGACGUCAUAUAUUUGGUGAAUAAUAGACAGACUUUAUCCCUUAUCCCAAAGGUAUCCAUGCUGUGUGGGAAUUUUUCACACUUAUGCCAAGAAGUCAUUGUUGCCUUUGUUGUUUUCUUUUUUUGUUUGUUUGUUUCUGUGCCCAGCCAUAUGUACAGUUUUGCCCCUUGCAGUAAGGAAAAAAAUAAUAAAGCCAAACAUUUCCAAAA